AUGGACGCCGGCGGCGAGCUCAAUGCGGCCGUCGCGGAGCCGAUCGGGGCCAUCCAGUACCCCCCCUCCCCCGGCGCCACCUUCGACGACGACUGCGACGACCUCUACGGCGACCCGCAGCCCGAGCCCGUGUCCGUACCGGAGCCCCCAAAAAAACCCACCCCGCAGCACCAGCCGCCGCUUCCUCUGCAAAAACCGCCCAGCCCGCGACAGCCAAAAGCACCCACCUUCCGGCACCAGCCGCCGCGGCGCGCGCCGGGGGGCUCUACGUCGUCGUCGCCGCCCACCACGGCGCUGUACAUCGGCGACCUACCCUGGUGGACGACGGACGCGGAGGUGGAGGCCGCGCUCGCGCCGCACGGCGCGCUCGACGGCCUCUACUUCUACGCCGACAAGUGCUCUGGCAGGUCGCGCGGUUCCUGCCGCGCCGACUUCCUCCACCCGGCCGCGGCCGCCUCGGCGGCGGCCGCGCUCCACGGGCGCGUCUUCGACGGGCACCACUGCGUCGCCUCGCUCUCCUGUCCGCCCGAGCUCCGCCGCUUCGGUGCCGAUUCCGACGCCUCGGCUCCGGCCACGGCCCCAACCCCGAACCCCACCCAAGGCCGCGGCGGGAGCGCGAGCAGCGUGACAACAGCCCGGGGCAAGGUGGGGUCUUUGGGCGAUGGGUCGGCUGUGGGACCCAUGGCUCCCCGGCCGCGGCAGUUCGCUGCGAUGAUCGGAGGCGGCGGCGGGUUCCCGUCGUCGAUUGGGCAGUACAAUGCGGGGAUGGGUACUGAUGCGAUGCCUUCAGUGGUGCCGCCCCAUGUGAACCCGGCAUACUUGGCAGCCAGCAGAAUGGCAAUGGGUGGCCCUGGCACAGGGAUGUGGCCUAAUCAGGGCAUGGCUGGGGGCUUAUGGGGUGGGCUUCAGCCAUGGAAUUUUGGAGGUUGUGACAUGUCAUGGCAGCAGCAGCCACGGCUGCAGCAGCACCACCGCCAAGUGCAGCAGCAGUACCGGAAUGGGAACGGGGGCUAUGUAAAACUGCGUGGCACCGGGCCAGGUGGUAGGAAUCAGGACAAGGACAUUGGCAAUGUGAGGGGCAACCCAGAUAGGAGGUCGUAUGGCCGGGGCGGCGGCGGCGAACGGCCCAGGGAGAGGGACCGGCAUCGGGAGUAUGCCCCGGAGAGGGAAAGGGGGCGUGAGAGGAACUGGAAUGACAAGGAUCAGCACGGAGGUGGUGAACAAAAGAGGUACCCACAGUAUACUGAGCACGAUGACUGGGAGCGGCGAGGGCGGCUCAGGUCAAGGAGCCAGUCAAGGGACAGUGAUGAUGAUGGUGAUGAUCAUCCAAGAAGGCGCCACUAAAUGGCAUGCUAUUACCAGCCUUUUGCGCCCCUGUUCGGCCACUUCUGCUCUACCAGGAGUUGCUGCGGACACAAGGCUUACUCAGUAGCGUCAACUUACUAUGAAGGAAUUAGUUGAGACAUAGACAUAACCGGACAUAUUAUCUUUUGCACGCCAUAUUUAAAUGUAACUUAUAUAUGGUACUUAACUCGGGUAACCGUUCGAAGAUAGUGGUCCUACGUUUGGCCUGAAUGAUUCUGUGUUGUGUUUAA